AUGGCCUCUCCAUCAAUCGACAUGGCUGCGACUUCUUUGCCGUGCUUUCACGACAACGUCAAGAGGCAUGCAGGUGGUCAAGAAGACACCCCCACCACCUUCCGCCCCAGCUACUUACACGACCCCGGCCUCGACUCGGAAGAGCCCUUAUACUACUGGCAGGUCAACGUGCCCCGGUCGCAACGGACCAAGGAGUGUCCGCCGUUCCUGCGCGACCAGUCCCUCAAAAACAUUCAAUGUCUCGCCACGCGCGAUUGCGACUAUCAGCGACAGAGCUGGGAACAAGUGCAGAUAAUCAUUCGGACAAACCAAAUCGAUCGGUUUCAGCGAGUUCCGAGUGAACUGCGCAAAUAUUUGGAGUAUAUCUUUCGCAUCAAACUGCAAUAUGGAUCGGUCAUGCGAUUUGUGGUGAUGGAGCGGUUACGCUGGGGUAUAGGGGUUCUGGAAGGUCUUCAGCCUCGGGGUCGCCCUUUUGAGUGUGCUGAGGACAUUCGCAUUCUAUACAAUGACUGGCCAUACGGGGUGGACCCGGGCAUUAUCCAUCUUGUGGUCUGGACCAAAUUUGAGCUCUCCGAAGAUCCGGCCACCGGUGAUCUCACCAACGAAGCGCGCGAGGGGAUCGAGCAAUACGUGCAGGCCACGUUCUGCUCCCGUCUGGCGCCCGACCAGGUGAUUUGGUUUAGGAAUUGGAAGUCUUUGAAAUCCGUCCAUGCCGUCGAACACUUUCACGUCAUGCUUCAUCGACCAGAUAUGGACUUUGUGCGCGAGAUUACCGGGGGAGAUGUCCCACUGAUUGAACAGGUGGACUGA